AUGAAAUUUAUCAUGCUUCCAUCUAGAUCUGAAAAGGAAGUGAAGGACAUGAUGAACUCCAACAGAAUCUACCUCAAAUCCCUGCCCCAAACGGUAACUGAGAAGAAGCUAUUUACACAUUUCUCCAAAUUUGGGGCUGUUACAGACGUUCGCAUACUGACACACUUUAUUUGCCUCGGUCGUGGUUUCGUCGUCUUCCGUGACCCGAGCGCGGUACCGAAGGUGAUGGAGUCUCAGCCACACAAAUUACAAAGAAAACCUAUCACCGUGUCUUGCGGAGAGGAGCCAAGACCUAAAAACACUGGAUCUAAGACGCAUUUGAAGCAGAAGAUGAAUCCAAACAAAAUCUUCCUUGGAUCCCUGCCCAAAGGCACAAAUGAGGGUAGUCUGCACGAUUACUUCUCACGAUUCGGAAUUGUCAUAGGCGUUAAUGUUUCAAAGGAAAGCAAGCCCAGUGGUCGCGGUUUUGUCGACUUCCGUGAUUCAUACGCUGUACUAAAGGCGCUUGGGUCCCAGCCGCACAAAUUAAAUGAAACAGUAAUCACUGUAAGUAUGGCUCAAAAACCAGAACCUGACAUACCAGAAUAA